AGUUGUUGCAUAGCAGUCCUUCGAGACCUCUCAAGCUUGAGCCUGACUAUGCUUGAACGGCUAUCACAGUGAUCCUGCUGCAUCACCAGGCAUCGUCAACAGUGUAAAAACUAGGCGACCAUCAACCUCAUGAGGUCCGCCAUCGCAUAGCUACGUCAGCUCUUUUCCGCCACAUCUCUUCAGACCACCCUUCGUCCCCUUUUAACAACACUUCUACAAAGAUGCCUUGCCCGAUAAGCAUCACCAAAUUCGUCGGGACUAUAUCCCUUGGUCUCCUGACCGGAACAUCCUACACUCUUACGACCAUAACCCUUCCAUCCCUCGCCCUUCUACCCUCUGCUUCUCUUGCCGCACGCACACUCGCCACGAUCCAGACACGAUCGACCCGACAUAUCCUCACCCUAGCCUCCAUCUCAUCGCUGUCACUCCUCACAGCUUUCACGCUCGCUUCCCCACGUGGCCGCCACCCCUACCUUCUCUGGACAGCGUUGGUCGCAUUUCUAGGUGGACAGGGUGUGGAGUACUGGUACAACGGAUUGUCCAGGUUCCCGAACCUGAGAGCUCGAUCGAGCAGAAGCAAAGCCAGCGUCGCCAGAGGCACAAGCCCCGGCGGCUCGGACAGCGGCUAUAUCGAAGUAGAAGCUUCCGGAAGCGAAGAUCAGGUCAAUGGAGAGAAGGUUGAGAUGGAGAUGAGCAGGGAGCGCAAAGUGCAGAAGGUAAGGAGCUGGAUUGCUGGUGUUGGCUUUGCUAUGGGGGUGGUUGGUAUCUGGGGUGAUGGUGCUUAAACGUCCUAAAUCAUCUGGGCUUUCCGAUUACUGGCAAAUCCAGUGAACUUGUGCUGGAGAUGUCCAGACAAUUUCAAUCACACCUCGUCGCUGAUGCCUCGAACCGAAAGACGAAGAAAUGGCCACGACAACCACAUCACGAAGUGCUGACUUUGUGCAACAUGCGUGCCAGCACGAUCAGCAUUGUCGCUACUUUUACGAGAACCUACUACUACUACUUCAACGUUCACGACUCUACUCGAUCCAAUCGAAACACUUCCCGGGCUUGGCUAUGAAUGCAUGUGUAGUGUUAAAACAUAGUGGCUUCCAAAAGUCAAAGGGACGGCAAUUUUCUGCUCAAGACUUCUUGUUCGAUGUCCGUGUAUUUUCCCUUUUUUCUAGACCUUACUCUGCAG